CAGCUGGUUCUCGUCGAACUGAUCGUUUUCUUCAACUCUUUUCUUUCGGUUUUCAAAAACUGUUUUCCCGUCAUUAUGGUUAAGACCUCGUUUCUGUGGACCGCUCUCGCUACGACAUUGGUCGCGUUGACCCAAACUGUGCUUGCCGAUGAUCAGGUUAUCUCGUUGACAGAAAAGACCUUCAAGGAUGAAGUGUUGGGUGAACCAUUGAUGCUAGUCGAAUUCUUUGCACCUUGGUGCGGUCACUGCAAAGCGCUCGCUCCUGAGUACGAGGAAGCUGCAACCCAACUAAAGGAAUCCAACAUUAAGCUUGCCAAGGUCGACUGUACCGAACAUCAAGACCUUUGCCAGGAAUAUGAUGUGCGUGGUUAUCCAACAUUGAAGGUGUUCAGAGAAGGUGCUCCCACCGACUACAAGGGAGCGAGAAAGGCGUCGGGCAUUGUUAGCUACAUGAAAAAACAAGCGGCCCCGGCGGUGUCUGAAUUGAACGCCGACAAUUUUGAUCAAUUCAAGGAUUCCGACCGAGUGGUCGUGAUUGCGUAUGCUACCGAUGAAAAGUCCAAGACCAAGUUCAAGGAACUGGCGGAGAAAUUAAGAGAUGACUUUCUCUUUGGUAUCAUUACCGACGAAAAGCUGGCUAAGCAGCAUGGUGUCAAGCAAAUGCCCGCCGUGACCCUGUACAAGCAGUUUGACGAAGGCAAAAACGAACACGUCGGUGAAUUGGACAGGGACAAGCUUGAAGAAUUCAUCAAAGCCAAUUCGGUGCCGUUGCUGGAUGAAAUUGAUGCCACCAAUUUCCCCUACUAUGCCGAAACGGGACUGCCCCUGAGUUAUUUGUUUGUGGAAUCCGACGAAGAUUUGGCGUCACUGAGACCCGCCGUGGAAGCUUUGGCAAAAGAAUACAAGGGAAAGAUCAACUUUGUUCACAUCAAUGCGGUCAAGUACGCCAGUCACGCUUCCACUCUCGGCUUGAAAGACAAAUUCCCCGCUUUCGCUAUUCAGCAUGUAGAGACGGGCGCCAAAUUCCCUCUGGACCAGUCAUUGAAGGUGACCAAGGACAAUCUCGCCAAGUUCCUCAAGGAUUACUCGGCCGGCAAAAUUGAGCCUACUCUCAAGUCCGAAGACAUUCCUUCCGACAACAAUGGCCCCGUUAAAGUCGUCGUUGGUAAGCAGUAUACUGACAUUGUCCUUGACAAGUCCAAGGACGUGUUUUUGGAAGUAUACGCCCCAUGGUGCGGUCACUGCAAACGAUUGGCCCCCACCUGGACCGAACUUGGCGAACUCGUUCAAGAGCAAGGCGACGGCAGCCUGGUUAUUGCCAAGUUGGAUGGUACCGAAAACGAUUUGCCUGAAGCCGCCGGAUUCUCCGUUCAGGGCUUCCCUACUCUCAAGUUCAUCAAGGCUGGCACCAACGAAGUGAUUGAUUACACCGGCGACCGUUCCAUGGAAAGCCUCAUCAGCUUCAUCAAAGAGAACAGCAGCAAGAAGCUUCACAUCAAGCCCAAACAAGAUGGGGAAAAGAAAGAAGAACAAGAAGACGCAGGUCACGAUGAAUUGUAACGCACUCCUAUCCCUACAUCCUUUGCUUCAAUAUCGCCUGUGUUGGACACGAUUCUGUAUUUUGCUGUGACUUGCAAACAAACCAAAAUUACUCUAUCUCAAAAAAAAGUUCGAUUUGAUUUCCCCA